GUUGGGCUCAACGGCCCCGUGCCGUGCUUGCGACUUCCGAGCCAUGGCUGAGAUGGCUGCGGGGUCAGGGGCCGAGGCGGUCAGAAUCUUGAAGACGCUGACUGCGGACGAGGCGUCUGGCGAGGACUGGAGCCCCUACUUCAAGAAGCAGCGCCUGGACGAGGUGCUCACAGGCCUGGUGGCAGGCCUGCAAGCAGCGGAGCCCGCUGAUCCCAUCACCUGGAUGAUCCAGCACCUGGUGGCGUGCAAAGAGAAAGCGAAAGAGGAGCUCGUUGAGAAGAAGCCGGUGAAGAAGUGUACAAAGGGCAAGCGCGCCCGGGUGAACAUCUCGGCAGUCCUGAGGAGGGGCUGCCGCGCGAUCUUGGACGUGGUGUGCCAGGAUGGUCCAUUCGAGGCCAUCGAAGAUGCGUCCUCCCCCUCUGCACUGAUCUACUUCGUUUGGAGCGGCCAGGGCUUGUUGCAACGGCUCAACCACCCCUCCGCCGCCGAAAAGGUCCCCAGGCUGCCGAGCCACGCUUGGGUGAACCGCUUGCCAGGUAUUGGCUGCAUCUGCGACAAAGUGAACAUGGCCUUGUCCCUGCGUUUGCUGCAGAAGAUGUGGCCGGAGAAGUUUCGGUUCUGGCCGAAGAGUUGGCUCCUGCCGGCGGAGGCGGAUCAGCUGUGCACCUACCUGGACAAGCACAAGUCAGAGACGGUGAUCGUGAAGCCGGAGGGCGGCUCCCAGGGCGAUGGCAUCUUCUUGGUGCAGAACGCCGCAGACCUCCGGCUGAAGCUCUUCGCAAAGCCCCACUUCGGUGCCGGCUUCGGGGCGUUGGCGCAACGCUAUUUGCCAGCCCCGCUGCUGCUGGAUGGCCUCAAGUUUGACUUGCGGCUCUACGUUGUGGUCACCAGUUUGGACCCACUCGAAGCCUACCUGUGCGAGGAGGGCCUGGCUCGCUUUUGCACCGCCAAGUACGAGGAGCCCACUGCGGCCAAUGCCAACGAGGUCUACAUGCAUCUGACCAACUACUCGGUGAACAAGAAGUCCGCAGCCUUCAAGGACGAAGAUCCCUUCAACGUACACACGAGAGCCUCCAAGCGGCCUCUGUCGACGCUGCUCCUGCAAAUCGCGGCCCAGGAGCAGGAGCGGGGCCGCAGCGGGGACAUUGCGGAGAAGUUGAUGCGUUCCUGCGAGGAGACCUGCGCUGUGCUGCUGCAGGCCAUGGUGCCGGUGAUGAAAGUCACCUACGAUCGGGUGGCAAAGGAGGCCGCGCCCAAGGGCAAGGUGUCGCCCAUGAAAAGGAAGUCGGAGGAGGAAGAGGAGGAAUCGGAGGAAGCAGAGGAGUUCGCUCCCAAUUGUUUCCAGAUCUUGGGUGUGGACGUGCUGCUGGAUGCGAAUCUGCAGCCCUGGCUGCUGGAGGUGAACGCCAGGCCUUCGAUGGAUAUCUCCAACCCGGUCCGUCUCUCCGAAGCGCCGCCCGGCACGCGGCGAUGCGUGUGUCGGGACAUGGAUGGGGAGGACCACUACCACGUGAACAGCGAGGUGGACAUCCGGGUCAAGAAGCAGGUUGUGGAAGGUGCCUUUCAGCUGGCUUUGGGCAAGGGCCAGCUUGAAGGGCUCCCCGGCUUCCGGACGAUGGACUUCGAGCGCUUCAGCCCCUCGGAGGCUCAAGAGACGCUGCAAGCGGUGGCCCGGAUCUACCAGGAGGCUGGCGGCCAGAAGAAGGCCUUCACCACCUCGGGGCUCAGGCGCACGCUGGCGAAUGCGGUCAGCGAGAAGUUCCCGGCGCACCAGCUGGACACUUUGGUCACCAAGUGGAAGCACCAGGGCUACAGGCAGGACACUGCGGCGGAGGAGGACCAGGGCGACAUCGCGGUCUUGGACUUCGCAGCGCUGUUGCAGGAGAUUGCGGUUGCACGCUCCGGGCGCGAGGAGGAUCCGCUGGACGCGUUGGUAUCUUUGAUCCAACUCUGCGACCCGGAGGGUUGACGGGCGCAGGUUUCCAGCUGCCGACCCUCGGGCCCUCGGGCCCUCGGUGCGGGAAGGCGCCGAACGCCGAAACUUGAAGCCUUGAGCCCAUGCCGCGGGCUAGAUACGCCUUGCUGCGUGUCAAU